UUCCCCGGCGACGAGGUUGUUGAAUAAAUGUUGUUUUGGUUGCUCCUGUUACGUACAUAUUUAAAUAUAGUACAUAAUUCUGCAGUGAUGGCCGACUGAAACAACAUAUACCGGGGAGGAAGUAACCAACUAAAAGGCUGUCCAUUCUUCUCACGAGAGCUGACUGACUAGGAAACAAACAGCAACAUGAGCCACGUUCACGAAGGCCCUUUGGCCACCUACAACAGUCUGACAGACAAGAAUCUGGCAGGAUAUUUCUCCAAUGUCCGCAUGCGGCGCCAUCUACGGAAAUCCGGCCUGAUAAGUACACGAGGAAAGAUCGUCUCGGAAAACCAGUAUAGACUUAACAUGGCCCGCAAGGAACACAAAAAACAUGUCAAGGACCUUCUAUCACAAGCCAUCGUACACAAGACGCUUGACCUCGAGCGCACACGACAGGUCGAGAUCAAACGCAAGCUGGAGGAGAUCGGCAAAAUAGAACUGGUUCGCAGAGUGAGGGCUACGCGUGGUCGCCGUGGUGAUGAGGAAAUUUUACCCUAUCUGUCCCCACGGACAGCAAGUAGGUCGUCCAGCGGCCGCAGACGUCCAGUCAGUGCCCCUAACAAAUAUCAGGAAGUGAUAUAUGUAGAUGAAAAUGGACGACCUUUGACCCCAACCUCAGAAAUGGGAGAGGAGAGCCACUCCCCAUCCCGUUCAAAGGAACAUCAGGAUGAAAUUGACACAAGACACCUGUAUGCGCUUGACUCAACUGCCCUUAGGAAGUACGCCCUGACAUUAUCUAAGAUGGAACAAGGGGAGGGGUUAGUGUCUCCAUACAGUAUGAAUCAAAUACCGACUCCUCCCCGCAGUGCACGUAGCAGCAAGGGGAAUAACUCUGCACGAGCCCGUGGUCCACGGCCAAGAACAGCUGAUGCUCGGAUGACACAGAGGGAUACACCGGUGAAAAGAUCUCCAACCAUGAGAAACUCAGAACCUGAUGAAGAAUCACACCCACCAUCACAAUUGUCUGUUGUGGAAGGGGCUUUGAUGCUGCAUCGACAGGAACCAGCUGUGAUGCAUCAAGGAGAAGUACAAACACUUUGUGAAAUCACAAUGAAAUACCACGGACCGAACCUCACACUGCCACGGGAUCAGUACGAACCCAAACAGGAAGUCUCCAUUGACCAACAGCAUUGUGGGGGAAACACACUUACUGUCUUCAAAGAGGGGCUCAAGGCAGCAGACAAGUUUACUUUUAUAUCUCGCCGUCACCGUGGUUACCCCUUCAGUCUGUCUGUAUACAUUGAUGGUCGUAUGGACUUCCGGAUCAGCCGCUGCUGUGAAUACAAACACUUUAAAGGAGUCCGACUUGGAGGAAAGCUCGGACACUUCAGUUUGUUGGGUGUAGAGGGAGCCACCCCUUGCUACAGGUGUGCCCUGAACACACAGGCCACUCCCAGGAGUCUCAAGCGCCCAGUCCCUGUCAAACAGAGGUCCAACAAAGCAGAGGAGAUCCGAGAGGAAGUUAUUGUUCCGAAACCAAUUUCAAAACGAAAGGAUGAAAAAACUGAUGAUGAUGAGGAUAAAAAAAAUCUGGAAAUACAUGUUGAAGGUGAGGAGGCCACUCCUCAAAGGGAUGAUGAUUUACACAAGAACGAGGACAAAAACAAUGCCAAAGAUGAAUCAGAUGCAUACGAUGAUGACUUUGAAGAAGAUGAAGGUGAAAAGAAAGCAACCAAUGACAAGUAUGACGAAGACCGUUUUGAAUCGUCAUCCUCCUCCUCAUCUUCAUCAGAAGACGAAGCUCCACCACAAAAGACAAAAUCGUCUACAAUCACAGGUUACGAGGAUGAGGUAGAAGAGGAUCCACCUGCCCGAAAAUCUCGACCAAAAACUGGCCUGGAUCACAAACGCAAGAUUGAGGCAUUUUCCUCUGAUGAUGAAGAAACCAUGACUAAGAAAACCCCAUAUAGCCAGAAAAAAGACGAAACCACUGGUACAGCCGAGACGUUUGUCAUCACAACUGUCACAGCUGACAAACCUUCGGCUGGAACCGAUGCCAAAGUCUUCAUCAUCCUAAACGGAACAAACGACAAAUCCUCCGGCAAAAUCUGGCUGAGGAAGGGGAAGUUUCACCGAGGAAGGUCCGACAUAUUCACAGAGAGUGUCACUGACAUAGAUAGUCCCAUAAGUGACAUCGAGAUCGGCCAUGAUUGUAGUGGAGGACCAAAACAGACCUGGAAUCUACAGGAUGUCUAUGUAUACUGCCCCAGAACUGGCAUACAGCAAUCGUUUCCGGUCUAUAAACUCCUGACCCCAGAAAAGCCGAGUGUUGUGGUUUCUGAGCAACGAUCUAUGAGGAAGAAUGUAAAAGAAGAUGAAUACCGCAUGCGGCGCAGCAGUACAAGCAGCAGCAGCUCCAGCAGUUCCUCAUCAUCUUCAUCAGAAUCUCGUCAUAAGGCAAAGAAAGAAAUUGCUCCCUCUGUUUCCGUGGAUACAAGGACUGAGAUGACAGAGUCGACUGAAAGACCGCCCUCUUCAGCUUCUUCUCACUCCAUUGAUGUAGAUUCCCAGCGUGAUACACGUAUCAUCUACCCAACGCUGACACCAAAUGUCGGGGCCACACAACAGGCUUAUUCUAAAGAAAGUGCAGAAGCUGCUCAACAGAGACCUGAAACACCAUCAAGAAGAUCGCCACCACGUUCACCUUCACCUUCUCCACCAAGGAAACGAUCGCCAUCCCCACCAUCACCUAGGAGAAGAUCACCAUCUCCUCCCUCACCAAGAAGAAGAUCGCCCUCUCCCCCUUCACCUAGAAGACGAUCACCAUCCCCACCAUCACCAAGGAGAAGGUCACCCUCUCCUCCCUCACCAAGAAGAUCGCCCUCUCCCCCCAAAUCACCCGAGCGAUCCCCUACACCACCGCGUCGUGAGGAAUCGCCAUCACCUGUAAUGUCAAAUGUCGUGAGAGCUGAGGCAGAACCUGUUAAAGCACAGUUAAUUGUUGAGAAGCGUAGAAGCUCCUCCUCAAGUUUAUCUUCAAGCGACUCUGAAACUGAGACUGAAUCAGAAAUGCAACAGAAAGAAGACAGAAAAUUCAAAGAAGAGGAUCAGAAGCAGGCUGAACCAGUCCCUGCUGUGUUUCAGUAUGAACGGCCUUUCCAAUCCAGCGAGAGAAAACAAGUAGUUCAGGGUAUUCAAGAGACUCCUCGCACUGCAACCAGUGGGUCAAGUUCAGACUCCAGUAGCGACUCAAGUGAGAGUGAGACCGAGACAGAGACUACAGUUUCCAGACCUGCCCCAGCCACCGUAGCCAUGGCGACUAUAGAGACACCUUUUGUGACUCAGACAGCUCCAGCUGUCGAGAGAACACCUCAAAUUGAAUCCAAGACAUCAGAUACUGAAACUGAAACUCAGACGGAGACUGAGACUGAAACGGAAACUGGAAGAACAGCUGAUACACCGAGCGUUGCCCCUGUCAAACCUCCAUCGCCUAAACCGAAGGACACUCCAAGGUCAAGCUCCAGUGAUUCUUCAUCUGACAGUGAGACCGAGACUCAGACUGAGACUGACACCGACACUAAGCACCAUGUACCUCAGCCACCGAAACCUCCAUCACCAGAAGUGUUACAGAAGAAAUCGAAAUCUAGUAGUAGUAGCAGUUCCGGAUCGGAAACAGAAACACAAACGGAGACAGAUACCGAGAAACAGGGUAAAGAACCUCGUAAAAGUCCGCCUCCCGUUCACGAGGUCAUAUCAGAAAAAGUGAAAUCAUCAACGGAGUCAAGUGGUAGCUCUUCUGACAGUGAGACUCAAACAGAGACAGAUACGGAAAGAAAGGUCCCCACACCGCCUCUCGCUCCUGUAACUGUGGCUCCAUCUACGGAGAAAAAGGAGGAGCGGAAAAAGAGCUCAGAUGAGACCUUUAUUAUAACUACGGUAACAUCAGACAAGCCCUUGGCAGAGACAGACGCCAAUGUCUUUAUCAUUAUAAAGGGCACAAAUAACGAGUCCAGUGAUAGAAUUUGGCUUAAAAAUGGAAAAUUUGGACGUGGUCAGAGACACAAAUUUUCUAAGAAACUUUAUGGAAUUUGGAGUCCGAUUAAGGAUAUUGAAAUCGGACAUGAUUGUAGUGGACAAAAGCCUACAUGGCAUUUACAGGAAGUCCAGGUGUACUGUCCCAGAACAGGCAUACAACAGACAUUCCCUGUGUAUAGAUUACUCUCCCAAAACAACCCCAGCCUGGUGGUCAGUGAGCAACGAUCUGUGCAGAAAAUUAUCCCAAGCGAUUAUGACUCUGACAGUGAUUCAGGAAGUGACAGUGACAGUGACUCCAGUAGUGAUAGCGAGUCCGAGCUGACAGAGGAUGAUAAGAAAAAAUUAAAACAAGAUCCAGAAAAGCUCAUUCCUCCCAAAACAAACUUUGCCCUGACAGACAGUGAUGCCCCACAUGUUGUUAGUGAGAGUGACGGGACUAAAUUCAAUGUGUUUGGCAGUGGAACCGACACAGACAAUAUGCAUGGUGGUAACGACCCUGAUAGUGUUACAGAUGCAGGUCCAAUAAAAUCCGCUUACCUGUCGAAAAUCGGAGUAAAACCGGGACAGCCAGUAGAGGGCAGCAUUCUACCGAAGUUUGUCGGAGAGACAGAUAUAGAACUAAGUGCUAUCGCACUGACUACGGAGCAGGUGAAAGAGCUGGGUACCUACAUCGAGAAAUCUGAUAAUGUCAAGUCGUUGUGUCUGAGGAAUUGUGGGAUUGAUGAUGACAAGUUUGACAAGAUGGUUGAUAGCAUUGAGAAUACGAAAUCUGACAUCAAGAUGCUAAACUUGAACCUUAACAAACUUGGAGACUCGGCCGCUGCUGAUAUAGCUGACAUGAUGGGGGAAAAGUCUUCAAUAGAAAUAUUACUUAUCCAUGGGAACCCACUCGGUGACAAGGGAGUAAAGAAUUUACUGAUGGGCAUCUUGGAUAUAGAUGAUGAUGAUGAUGAUGAUGAUGAAGAUGAAGGUGUCAAUCUCAGAGAACUUGACCUUGGGGACACCAACAUGGGUGACAGUGGCAUGAAUAAGGUCGCAACCUUCCUGGAAAAAAACACAACCCUAAAAACACUGAAUCUCAACGGCAACAAGGCAGUCAGCGUAGAGGGAUGGCAAAGACUUGGAAAAGCUCUCAAGAAAAACAAAACCUUACAGACAUUGUCUCUAGAUUUCAACAAUAUUGGUGAUGAUGGUAUUGCUGCCAUUGUUGAUGGUCUCAGAACCAAUCAGACACUACAGACAUUGGAAUUGGAGGAUGUUGGUAUCACAAAAAAAGGAGGAAAAAUGUUGAGAGACCUUGUAAAAGAUAAUCCGACGAUUUUAGAGGUCACCAUUUUCCCAGGAAAUAGUAUUCCUGACGAUAUCCGUGAUGAUAUUAAAUCAUUUCUUGGUCUGAGUAAUGAGGCUCACAAAAAGAGGCAGCAGCUGGCCUCAUAGACUAACAUGUUGCUAUGGUAACACAUGUACUUAUUGCUAGGGUGACACUUGUCUUUUGUAUUUAUGUGAAAACAUAUGGUGCCUUUUAGGGGGUUUGUAGGCAAGAUUUGUCAACAGUUAUUGAAUUCUGAUCAGUCCUUUAUGUUAGAAUAUGUUUCAUUUUGUGCCAUUUAUCAACACCAGUUUUUGUUUGUUUUUUUUUCAUAUUUUUAUUGUUUUCUCUAUAAACACAUUUAUUUCAUUGCUAAAAAAGAAAUGAAAUAGUGAUUUUUUUUUAAUUUCCUGCCGCAACCUAAAGUUUUACAUCAAAUAUGAUGAUUUGUAAGCUGUAUGUGCAUGUUUUCCGACUCUUCUGUCCAGGUGCACAAAGGGACGUAACUCCAUCCAAGCACUGGAUAGUGGGAUAGCUGUAAACAGGAACAGCCAGACCACUGAUGAUCAAAUCAUUGUUGUGUAUCAGAUAUAUAUAUAUUUUGUACCGUAUUUAUCCUCAAAUAAACCCCAUCCCCUAGUGUAAAAGUUUAGUAUUAAAGUUUGGGGAAGGCUUUUUUUUGUGAGCCACUUCAGCUAUUUUUAAACUGAAUUUUUAUUGGUUCUGCAAAUAUAUAGAAGGGAGUUUUAUUUGCAAGCAGGGGCUUAUCUGCUGAUAAAUAUGGAAGCUGUUGAGCUGUGAUAACUUUUUUUCAAUAAACUAUAUCAUAUACCCAAACUAUUCCUUCUUGAAUGGAAAUCAUUCUCUUUUUUUUCCCAUAUCAUAUUUUCAAUGUUAUUGACUUCAUUCUGAUGAAGUAUCCGUCCAUUGUCUGCAAUUGUAUAAUCUCUACAAUUAAUAUAUCAUUUACGGCAACCUGAACCCAUUUUAAACUUUAAUACAUGCAUAGAUUUUAUAGUAAUAGAUCAUGUAUAUUGAUAAAAUCAAAUGUAUAUAAUUUAUCAUAUUGUAUAUAGCAAUGUUUACAUGUUGCCUUGGAGACAGGAUUUUUUUUUGUCAGCUUUAUAUUUUCUUUUUAACAUUUACUGUAUUGCUGGCAACUACUGCCGUCUGAUGUUUAAUUAUAUAUAAGGAUAUAUAGAGCCGAGGGGUUCAGCUCAUAUUGGGCAUGUACAUAAGUCUGUAGAGAUUGUACUUCAGGUGAAAUACAGGAUUAGGGACCAGUCAUUUUGUGACAAAUACUAAAUAGACAUGUAUUGUAUGUGUGUAUAUAACUAUUAUCAUUUUAAAUUUGUAGAUAAAUUUAGCGAACCUCAGUUUGGGGAGUUUUUUGACACGUUUUUAAGUUUUAUGCAGUUUUAACCUUGUUGUAGUCUAGUGAAUUAUGUACAAGUGCUGAAAGUUGUCAGAGAAUGGUAGAUUGUUGUUUUAAAUGAACUUGUGUAAUAGCUUCUCAUAAUGUACCUUAGAUCAUUGAAAAGAAUUAUUAUAGAUAGACUAAACUUCCCAAUGCUGGGGUGUUUAUUAGGACACUAAAGCUUUCCAUACCUAGUAAAUAAUAACUUCCCAAUGCUGGGGUGUUUAUUAGGAUGCUAAAGCUUUCCAUACCUAGUAAAUAAUAACUUCCCAAUGCUGGGGUGUUUAUUAGGACGCUAAAGCUUUCCAUACCUAGUAAAUAAUAACUUCCCAAUGCUGGGGUGUUUAUUAGGACGCUAAAGCUUUCCAUACCUUGUAAAUGAUGUUGAUAGUCGGUAAACAUGCGACUAGAUGUCUGUCAGCAAGAGACUAAUGAUAACAUAGAUUUAGUUAUUGGCAAAUUUCAGUGUUGCUAAUCUUGAUCUGUAUUUUCUUUCGCUGUAUGCUUCACACCCCAUUCAGGGGGGAAACCAUUUGCUGCUGAUUAUUAAGAAACUUUGAUAACACUUAAAUUAUAAUGUCUCUCCUCUUAUCCUCCAAUUGUAAGGUAAUUAAUCCAGGACAAAUUGUCCCUUGCAUGUUUUUAGUAGAUUUCAUUUCAAAAUUAUAUUAUUUCAUAUGUGAUUUACCAAAUGUUAUUAGUCGUUUACAUAUCAAUGCUGAUAUUUGCCUUCUUGAAUCACUUUUUAUACCAUGCACCUUUUUUUUUUUUUUUUUUUUUUAACUCCAGAUUAAUUAAUGCUAUAGCUACAAUGUUAAGUGUUGUCGAACAUUUUAAACAACAUAUCCAACCAACACUGUGAUAAAAAGGUUGAAUUGCUCAAUUUAAAUAUUGUUAAGUAUUUUUGGGAAUCCUGAUGUAAAUUCUUUUUGCAGUACACACAGUUAACAGGAAUCAAGGGAGACAAUUCUAUAUUUGUGUCAGAGGAUUGUUAAUUUGUGAUAAAUUCAGGGUGUCUAGCGUCCAAAUUAAACAUUCCAGGAAUUAAUACUUCACAGACCGGCAGUGUUAGUACCGGCCGGCCUUGAAAGUCUCCAAGGCUUAGUAUAUCAAAAACAUCUUAUCACUGGGUCUGUCCUCAUUUCAUAAACAAACUGUUAUCCAACCUUUCAGACCAUAAUAAACAGAGCAGCUCUGGUAAGUCAGAAUACCGUAUUAAAGGGACGUAACUCUAAGGAUGGUUUUGAAAAUAUUUUUUUUUAUUGUAGACUGAAUAUAAUUAUAGUGAACAAUGAGAGAAAUUUGAAUUUUAUAUGAAGUAUUUUUAAAAAGUGUAGAUGGCAAUAGAUUUUAACUUACAUAUUAGUCUUUGGUUAACUCCUAACAAGUUAUCUGUGAUAGUUAAAAUGUUGAACUGCUUGUAUUUUAGUGUAAUGUCUCCUCUUUUUUUGUUAAACCGGCUCCAAUCCACAUAUACUAAAAGUCCUCUUGAUUGCAGUGCUGCACAAAAAUCUGAAAACCUUUAUUGUGUGAAGUACAAAUACCAAACCAGAUUGUGAAUAUCAAAUCCAGUAAAGAUUUCAUUACUUUUGUCUUCACACAAUCUAUUUUUGACUUUGGAAAUUAAAAGAAAUCCUAUUUAUGGUGGUGGAGAGGAUUUAUGGUAUUGGUAAGGCCACUUGUGAUGUGUGAUCUAACACCACUGUUAGACUAGAUCAUGCCAGGAUAAUUAUUGUAGGUUACACAUUUCUCAAUAAAGCUGUAAAGUAGA